UUCUCGCGUCAGCCAAACUCUUUCUUCCUUCAUAAUCGACAACUCCUCGCCGGAGAUUGUACUUGUCCGGUCAGGGUAUUUCAAAAACAUAAAGAGAAUGAGAGCCAGCAGCUUUUGUAACAAUUUAUCGACUGAGCUCAGUGCCCGCCAUAGUAUCACUCCCGUUCACGGGUGUUCAAGACGCUGCAAAUUCGGGGCGACCUCGCCUUCAACCAACUUCAGUGUGUCCUUCAGCUCUUCAAUUAUUCUUGCCCUACAGUGAAGUCUAUGAUUCUGGGUUUUCUUCAGUUUGAGAAUCGUAGAAAUGGGGUUUUUUUUUUGGGCAGGAACUCGUCGUUUGUCUAUUCAUUGUGCUGCUGUUCGGUUCCGGCCCUGCAUUGAUAUACACAAGGGGAAAGUGAAACAAAUUGUUGGGUCUACUCUUCGGGAUUCCAGUGAGGAUGGUUCAGGUCUGGUGACAAAUUUUGAGUCCGAUAUGUCAGCUGCACAAUUUGCAAACUUGUACAAAGAAGAUGAUCUCACCGGUGGUCAUGUUAUUAUGCUUGGAGCUGAUCCUUUAAGCAAAGCUGCAGCAACUGAAGCAUUGCAUGCCUAUCCCGGUGGCUUGCAAGUUGGAGGUGGUAUCAACACCGAGAAUUGCUUAAGUUAUAUAGAAGAAGGAGCCAGCCAUGUCAUUGUCACCUCAUUUGUGUUCAGUGAUGGUCAGAUGGAUUUAGAGAGGCUAAAGGAUCUUGUCCAUGUUGUUGGCAAGCAGAGGCUAGUAUUGGACCUCAGCUGCAGAAAGAAGGAUGGUAGAUACGCAAUUGUCACUGAUAGGUGGCAGAAAUUCACCGAGGUGUAUCUUGACGAGAAGAUACUUGAAUUCCUCGCCAGCUUCGCAGAUGAAUUUUUGGUUCAUGGGGUCGACGUUGAAGGGAAAAAGUUGGGAAUUGAUGAGGAGCUAGUGCAGCUCCUUGGGGAGCAUUCACCGAUUCCUGUAACUUACGCGGGUGGUGUGACAGUAAUGGAGGACUUAGAAAAAAUAAAGACAGCAGGGAAAGGGAGGGUGGACGUUACUGUGGGGAGUGCUUUGGACAUUUUUGGUGGUAACUUGCCCUACAGAGAUGUCAUUGUUUGGCAUGCCCAGCAGCAGCUGCAGCAGGAAGUCCCCAUAGUUUAGCUCCUUCCUUUCCAGUUUUGACAGCAUCUGAUGGAUAAAGCAGAAUUAGCCCAUGCAGAUGAUCUUCUAGCUACUUAUUUUGACCGGUUUUCAUCGUUUUGUUCAUUGUGACUCUGGAAAUUAGAUUCUUGUAUGAGAUUCUUUGAAGAGAAUUUCUACAUCUAUCUGUUCCCCUUUUACUUUAUUCGUAAUGCAAAAGAGUCCCAAACAGAGUAACAGAAGAAGAAGAUCAUUCAUAUUAAUAGAAGACCAGCCUGUAUAGAAUCUCUUGUCCAGAGACUGCUUUUUCGGGCUGCUCUUUCCUUCUGUAAUGUGCAGCACAUGAAGGCGUAUUAAAAAAAAUAUGCCGAAUGAUGACAUCCGAACUCCACGAAGGCUUAUUGCUAAACUAUCGAUAUUGCUUCAAUAAACCUUAAUCAUAAUCAGAAGA